UGCGAAUUUUCAGUGUCUAACGUAGUUUCAGUGUUAAAAAAACAAAAAAUCGGACAAUUUGCUAUUGAAAUACGAGCAAAACGAUGGCGCAACUUGCUCCCGACAGUGUCGAUGUGACGGAUUUGCAAUUCAAACUUCAAAGCAAAGCAAAGUUAUUCAACUCGCAUGACGAUGCAAACCUCAAUUGUCACAAUUUAUUAGCUGCAGCAAGCACCCACGGACUAAUUUUCGCCGGAAGCACAAGUUCAGCGGAUCUGCGGGUCGUUCAACUAUCAUCUUUGACGUCAGAAGACGCUAAAAAUGGUUCGCCGGUACCCACGAGAGUCUUUGAGCUGCCCGGCAAGCCACUCCAGAUCGCCGUAAAUUGCGAUCAUUCGUUGCUGGCAGUUGAUGUCACCAAAAACGGCAAUUGUUUCUUGCAGAUUUACUCUGUUCCAUCAUUUUACACAAACGAUGUCACUUUAACGCAUGAAUUCCCUAUUCACGGUGCUUGUCACAGCUCCCAACUCUUAUGGAAUCCCGUAGCAAGUGAUGUUUUAGCUGUUGUAACGGAAAAUGGGGGGCUUGUAAUGUACACAUUGAAGUCCCCGGGUAAUGAAAUGUGUUCCUUGGAUGGACAACAAUCCGUUCAAUCAGCUUGUUGGAGUCCAAAAGGCAAACAAAUCGUCGCCGGCUUCCCGAAUGGUACUUUAAUUCAAUUUAAACCGGAUUUAAAGCCUGCUCGACAAAUCCCGUGUCCCCCGAAUGUCUUGGGAGGCAGUUCUUUCGACACAAUUGCCAUUCAAUGGUUGGCUACGUACCAAUUUGCGGCAGUUUUUCAAAGCAAAGCUGAAGAUACGACCCCAGCUUUGUUUAUUGUGAAUGCCCCGAAGACCGGAAAUGCCGCGUAUAUCAAUUACGACGACAUUUGUUACAGUCAAUCGGGUCCCCGAAAGUCACAAGUGUUCUUGUCGCACAUUUUGCCGUGGAAUUUAUUGAUUGUGGCAUCAGCAAACAGCAUGGAAGUUGGUCUCUUAGGGACGACAGAACAAGGGGACUUUCCGACAUGGAAACAAUUUGUCCCGUCGGAUAAUGCACGUGCAGAGCUUCCAUUGACAGCAAAAAAGCAGGAAACGUUCCCUUUGGGUCUUGCAUUGGAAGUUGGAGUCACCCAUCAAAUCACGAUCGGCGAACAAACGUUUCCCGUGAUGCCCAUGAUUCAUCUUCUCUCGACCGAUGGACUUUUAAUUUCGUUCAAUUUGCUGAAUACGAUGCCAAAUGCCGUGGGAAUUUGUUGCCCUCCCAAUCCGAUAAGGAAUAACAGUGGUUUAGGACAUUUUAAAAUCCCAGAAUUGACCGCAACUCCCAAUAAAACAGCAACUCCGCCCGCAGCUACAAACAAAGCUGACAUGACUUUCUCUCUCGGGCAAGGAAAUGCGACAUCAACUCCGGCUCCCGUCAAAUCUCUCUUCGGAAAUGCCCCGAAUAACGCCUCAGAACCCUCAAAAACUGCGACAAAUCUCUUCGGAUCACUUCCCGCAGCGAAGCCUCCUACGUUUGGACCUCCCCCGGGAACCGCUGGAUUCGGAUUUGGUGGCUUGGGAUUUCAAUCGCCCGCAAUUUCGGCACCUGCAGCAACAGUAACUGCUGAAAAACCUCCCGCUUUUGGAGCUCAAGUAUCAAAACCGCCAACUUUUGGGUUUGGAAAUGCUCCUGCUGCAGUUUCUACGAACGAACAACGCCCAAGUGCGCCAACUUUUGGUCAACCAUUGGCUUCUACGGCACCAAGCGAAGCUAAUAAACCGUUAAUUACGGUUCCGCCGACUUAUACGGCAGCAACGAAGCCUCCUGCCACGACGGGAAAUCAAAAUAAGUCACAAACGCAAGUUCAAUCGGGCAAAGCGGGAAGUCCUGACACGACAGAAGACGCGAAAAUCGUUCAAGGCAUGAUUCGCGAAGAGAUUUUGAACUUCCAAAAGGACUUGAAAGAGCUAAUUGCGCGUUCAAAAAACAUCAAUAUCGACAUAGGAACGAAAGAGGAGUCAGUUUCGAUGGCAAAACAGCUUAACGAGUUGUCAAAAUUGAAUAAGGAAGCAACGGAAGUGAAUGAUUCGCUCAGCUCGGAUGUUCAUUUGUUGCGUUUGAACCUUAAUGAGACAUUUGCGAUGGUAACUGAGGCAAAAAACAAACAAAAAUUGUACCAUUCACAGAACCACCUCGAAGAUCGGAGCUCUUACACGAUGAGUCAAACGAGUAAAAGGCAACUUGCCCGCCUGGAAUCCAUGCUAAAGAUGGCAGAAACGCAACUUUUCACGAUAACACGACAAAUUGACGCCCAAUGGGCCGAAUAUCAGGACAUGCAAAAGCAAAAAACGCGUCAAACGAUGAAAAUUCCCAGCUUAGAAGGCGUUUAUCAGACAAUUUCGAAGCAACGAGAUAUUUUGGCGCGUCAUCGCAUGACCAUAAAUAGCUUGAAACAACGUUUAGGCAUGCGAGAUACCGUUAAAGCGCUCGAAAUCACGAGUCAGGACCCCGUCGAGUCACUUACCGACUCAAUUUUGUCCAUGUCAAUAAUCGAUCAAGUACAAAAAGAGAACGAAAAAUUGACUCCGAGGAAGCUCGAGCUCUUGAAAGAGUGUUUGAAGCGUCAUAAAAUCCAAAAAAUCACUCCGAAACGCCCGGAUCGACAAGAUAUCAACUCGGAAGUGGUCCAAGUGAAGCGAGAAAAUAUGCGAAAGACACUUUUAAAGGCUGAAAAGAAAGUUGAACCCGUGAAACCAGAGGUAAAAGCUCCUGAACCUGCGAAAUCUGUGCCUCAAGCGAAGUUUGAACUACCAAAACCUGUAAUUCCGACGCAAAAACCCCCGAGUUUUGCAUCUCCUGCACCGCCAACGAGUGUUCCGAUGAGCAAACCAAUCGCAGAAAAGCCUUCAACGACACCCGCAAGUACCGCAAGCUUCGCAUUCGGAGGAAAUUCAAGCUUUUCCGCGACAUCUCAACCCGCCAAAACCGAAACUCCGAAAUUUUCGUUCGCGCAAUUGACGCCACAAGCUCCGACAGCGACUUUUGGGACAACAGCAACGAAUUCUCCCUUUGCGACAACAGCUCAAAAGGUCGGAAAUGAGAAAUCUGAAUUGCCUAAACCGACAUUUGGUGAUUUAAGUUCGAAACCUGUAACAACACAACCUUCUUCAGCAUUUUCUUUUGGCGGAUUGAGUACUUCUAAGCCGACAGAGACUUCGAAUACGACAAAAACGGAGAGUCCAUUGCUUUUUGGAACGACAACGAUCACUCCUGUGGUGAAACCUGUUGAAGAAAAACCGAAAGAAGACCCGCCAAAACCGUCAAUCGGUUUUACGCUCGGAGGAAGUGCUUCAGGAGGACUUUUUGGAUCAUCUACUGCUUCGACAACUCCUUCAACUACGUCAUUUUUCGGCGGAUUUGGACAAAAAUCGACACCUGUGGAAGAGAAAAAGGAAGAAAAACCUGUUGAAGCUCCGAAAUCUCCGUUGGCGAGCUUAGUUGAGACCGUAAAUCAAUUUGGAGCGCCAUCUACUGCGUCGCCAGCUGUUACAAUUAGCACAAAACCCGCGGAAAAGCCUUCUCUCUUCGCCGUGCCGAAGGAAAAUACGCCGGAAAAGGAAAAAACUCCCGAAAUUAUCAAGCCGACAGCGAAAUUUUCCUUUGGAUUUGGAGCUGCGGCGUCUUCGGGACCAACAGAUGCCAAUAAUGGAAAUUCUUCGACAGCGCCAAGUACAGAAACGACCCCGAAAGCAGCUUCAGAAGCAUCUACAGCGAGUGCAACGUCAACAAAGUCGUCAGAAUUUAAUUUUUCGAGCGCUGCGAAGGGUUUGGAGAAUAAAACGCCCUUUGGAGGAGCAACAACAGAAGUUAAACCAGCAUCUACUGGAUUUAAUCUCUCUUUUGGAAGUGCAGCUCCUGUUACAGCUUCAUCUGGUAAUGUAACAUCAACCACUGAGACAACAACUCCCGCUACAAAACCUUCAAUUUUUGGUUCAAUCACGCCUUUGGGGGCUCAAACUCAGCCAAAACCAGCUGGAGGAUUAUUUGGAAGUUCAGGAACGGGACUUUUUGGAUCUCCAAGCACGACGACGACAACAACAGCUUCCUCUGGAGGGUUAUUUGGAGCGACAACGACUGUCACAACAACCGCAGCAACGGGAAUUUUCGGUUCUGCGGCAAUAACAACGACAACAGCAUCGACAGGAAUCUUCGGAAGCGCUUCUGUGACAACGACAGCACCUAAAACGGGUCUCUUUGGAUCAGUUGCUUCGCCUCCUGCAGCAACUACGAGUCCUGUGACACCUCCUGCUGUCACAACAGCUUCGUCAACAGCUCCUGCGGAAGGAUUGUUCUCGAGUUUCAACAUUUGUUCGCCUUCGUCGCCCGCUAAUAACGCAUCUCAAAGUGCUUCGAGCAUUUUUGGCGCAAGUACCGGCUUUGGAAAUGCCUCGCAAUCGACAAAUUCCAUCUUCGGGGGCGGAAAUGCAGCAACAGAGAACAAAACUUCGUCAAUUUUUGGGUCCUCGACGCCAUCAUCGCCAUUUGGAGCGUCAAUUCCGAAACCAGAACAGAGUGUUUUUGGAGGAGCUUCAUCUGGCACGAGUAUUUUCGGGCAAUCUGCUACGCCAGCAGCUGCAAGUCCCUUCGGGCAAAGUCAAACGAGCUCGAUUUUUGGAGGAGGAGCGACAGCAACAACAGUUGCGAGUAGUCCUUUCGGCGGAAAUGCGUCUUCGACAACGACAAACAGUCCAUUUGGCGGAAAUAAUGCAACGCCAGCUGCGAAUAGUCCCUUUGGAGGAGGCGGCGGAUCGUUAUUUGGCGCAGCAAACAGCAGUCAAACGCAAUCUUCGCCCUUUGGACAACAAUCGUCGACAUUUAGUCAAGGCGGAUCGCUCUUCGGAGGAAGUUCGACGUUUGGAAGUGGCGCAGGAACGACAGGAAGUACUGGAUUUGGAGGUUUUGGAGCAGCUGCUCAAACACCUGUUUUUGGAGGCGGAGCGACAUUCGGAUCUCCCCCAGCAUUUGGCGGAGGAGCGUUUUCUAAACCAGCAUUCGGAGGAGCUCCCACAUUUGGAUCAAAACCACUCUUCGGAUCGCCAACACAAGCCACAGCGCAAGCCUCUGUUCCCACAAACAACUUAUUCGAACAAUUGGGAUCUCAAGGCAGCGGCCCCACAUUCGGCAAUUUGGCACAAGCAAGUCCCCCACAACCUCAGCAAGCCCCGCAAUCUUCAUUUGGCGGAUCGGCAUUCAGCAGUUGGCGCUAAAAUUAAGCUUGAUUCUGUUAAAAUAGUUUUGUUUAUUCAAAUUUAAAAGAAAUUUCGUUAAAAUAUAUUUUU